ACGUCUCGUUGCCUUUUUGCCUCGACACCUCGACAUCUCGCUGCCAACGCCUCGGCGCUACCCUGUGCUAAACAUUAUAAUGUUGCCCGCUGCUAGCUCGGACAUGCACGGAGCGCCCCGGGUUCGGCGCAAUGUCACACAACUUCCUCUCCGUCCCUAGAGCCACCUACCGGCCAAAUCGCGAUCGCAUACCCUCGUAUUUCAAGCUAACGACUCAAACGCAUAACCGCAGAGACAGCGAGAGGGAUGCUAGAACAUAUGGCGAGGAAGACUUUCCCCUCGAAACGCUCGCUCCGCCACAGGCGCUCGAACCGAGCCCGACAAUGACGUUCGAUGAUGAGAUAUCUGCAUUAAUCAUCCAUUUCCACAACAUGCAGUCUCAGGCGACCACUGGAGAGUCCCGGUACCGGAUUGUCCACCGUCGUCCCUCAGUCAAAACUCUCCUGGACUUCGGCCCAAAGCAUUGCAUGAGCAACCUACGAACGAGGAGUGGCACCACGGUAUCUACGGAGAAGCCUGAUAUCCGCUGGAUACAUCUACCUGCGAAUAAAAUGUCUUGGGUCGAGAAACUCAUGGAGCGUAUCUACUCCCCCGACUUUUCGGUUGUGUCCACUAGUCAGAAGCCUGCCUUGCUUCUGUCUCCGGAGUAUUGGAUCAACCGGCAAGUGGAGAGUGCUGGCCCGACAACGCGACACAUGCGCCCAUUCUAUGCCCCUGUGGUUGUUGCGGGUCAAGACGAAAAGCCUACUACAAACCAUGUCCUUUUUAUGCCAUAUGUUCAUUGGGAUACUGCCCAUAAGCUCGAACGGCGGAACAAGUGCAUUGACAUCGCAGUAGAAGGCAAGCCGGUCACCGCCAGGCCGUCGCUGGACAUUCUUUCGCUUUAUUCUGAAGUAUCUGUCGAAGAACACGAGUCGAAACGAAUAAAUCAGAAGAACAGCCAGGCAGACGACCCAUCAACCGUCUUGACACGAUAUGAGCUGGAGACUCGUCGAUAUCGCCGUCUGUUUACAGUCGAUGAGCUUAUCCUCUUGGCCUACCUUAAUGUCCUUUCGUCGAUUCAUCCGCGCCGCACGCUGGAUCACUCGCGCUAUCCUACUCUUGAAGGAGACGAUAUUAACACUCGAGACAGAGAUCAAGUGGUAUUUCGGCACACAAAGUCCAUGGGGCUGAAGCCGCGAUUGAUGAUGGUGGAUCAAUUGUGGAUGUGGAUCAUCGAUGACAAAACUGUUGUGACGGCUUUUCCAAGGAGGUGGAAAGAUGCUAGUGAGCCGGCCUUCGACUGAUCCGACGUGCAAGAGCGAGUCAUGAUGGACCUGGCUUCUAACUCCACC